AUGUGCGGGGCGAUGGCCAGCUGUCUUCUGGGUGGCGUGAUGCGGCGGAGGGACGACGUCACGUGCGGCGAUCGCUCAGUAUUCCUCAUUCCAUUCUCUUCUUUUCCGUGGGGUGGCUGGUUGGCGAUGGUCCCUCAAGGGGCGCUGGGGCUUCGCUCCUGUUCCUACGCGCAGCGGCAUCUUUCGUUGUCCGUCAUGGCGCAUGGGGGUGUACCGACACAAAUAGGACCACAAAAUGAUUCAACAACUACGACUAGCUAUGUCGGUUACCUUUCCGGUGCCAUCAACGCCAUUCUUGCGAAGACCACGGCAGCUACACAAGUUCUUGGUCUGAAAUCGGAAACAGAAAGCAAAGGACCAUCGAAAGCUGUUGUGACGGAAACAUCCGAAGGAGGAGCACCCACUAAAGCCCAGUUCUUGAAACACACUUUCAAAAAACGUAUAUCAAGGACUGAAGUAACUAAUAAAACAAGAGCGCUGGUGAAGAAACUUCUGGUUGCUGAAACGUCGAGCUCAAAACUACUCCGUAUUCAAGAGCUUAGCUCACACAUAAUAUCCUAUCCACCAACAAGGAUCAUCGCCGCCCAGAAACCUCGUCUGAUCGCCGAUCUACUGACCAUUGUAACGUCCCCUGACAGUAGCCCAGAGCUUCGAGCAGAAGCAAGGCAGUGUCUUACUCUUUGCGGUUGUCAGCCCGCAGUGAAAAGCAAAGGAGUGAGUCUUCUCAGUAUCGAUGGAGGAGGCACUCGAGGUAUGAUGGGUCUCGAAGUGCUAGAACAGUUUGAAAGAAUAUCGGGCAAAAAGAUAUGUGAAUUAUUCGAUCACGUCAUCGGUGUAAGCACUGGUAGUAUAAUUGCUAGUUUGUUGGUCGGUAAAGGAUACACAAUAAAGGAGUGUCGCGAUGUUUACAUGGACGUCUCUAAGAAAUUGUUUUCGCAAAACCGUCUCACGGGUGUAAGUGGGAUAGUACUCAACCACUCGUAUUAUGAUACUAAGAAAUGGGUAAAGAUGCUUAAAGAGGUCAUAGGCGAAGAUCUAACGAUAAUUGAGACCAGCAAAUAUCCAGUACCCCGACUUAGCAUUGUUGCUUCCAUAGUUAAUUCUCCUGUUCUUCAACCUUUCGUAUUUCGGAACUAUGAGCCUCCUGCUGGUAGAGAUUCGCACUACCUGGGUAGCACGGCACACCACCUAUGGCAGGCUAUCCAGGCUUCGGCUGCUGCUCCACUCUAUUUUGAAGAGGUUCAACUUGGUAACUUCUUACUUCAAGAUGGUGGAGUCAUCGCCAAUAAUCCAACCGCAAUUGGGAUACAUGAAGCGAAACUGUUGUGGCCUGAAGAACGUUUUCAUUGUGUUGUGUCUGUCGGAAAUGGACGAUCGGUUUGUGACCUUGAGAGCGAAGAAGAUGCAGCCCCUUCUAGCUUGAGUUCACUGCAGAAGUUCAAUCGCAUUGUAGAUAGUGCAACUAACACUGAAGGGGUCCACAUGUGUAUGCAUGAUUUGCUCGACGAAAAUGUAUAUUUCAGACUGAAUCCAUACAUGACCUUUCCAUAUGGACUCGAUGAAAUUGAUCCAAAAAAAUUAGAGCAGAUGCAAAAUGAUGCGAAGUUGUAUGUUCGUCGUAACGCUUUGAAAAUUGAGGAUGCAGUCUCAAGGUUGCUAGAGAAACCUCAUUUACUGCAACGAACUAUGCGUUGGUUUGAGGAAUGGAUGGAUCGCAGAGGAAUGUAUUCUCCGCGAUAG